AUGCUAUCUCAUAUCGCUCUCCUUAUUGUUAUUGCCUCUGCAAAAAAUAAUCGAUCAUCUCAAAUAUUCAAUACUGGAGAUAUUGUAUUUGUUUGUGAUAAACUUUUAAUUGAAAAUUCUGAAGAAAAUAUAACUGUGACUUAUGCUAGCAUCAUUGAUUCUGAAGAAUUUAUUCAUUUUGGAGUUGAGUGUGUAGAAUAUGAUUCAGUUACUGGAACAUCCAUUGUUAAGAUAGAAAUUAUUAUUCUUUAUAACUCUCAAUCUAUGAGAUUUAAGUAUUUGGAUGCAUCAGGUAUCAAUAUUAAAAUACGAAAUACUUAUCUUAUAUCAGGAUUCAUUAAAUUCUCUGAUUCUGGUAAAUUGAUGAUAGAGGCUACAGAUUUCGACUUUCUGAAGUCACAAAUAUAUAGUUCUAAUAUUACCAAAAUUUCAUCUGAUAAAUCAUCAAAGUCUCAUUCAAUUUUAGACAUUAUUGCUGAUAAUAAUAAGCCUGCUACAUCUAAUAAUCAUUGUUCUAUUAAUCGUAAUAAUAACACAACUAAGAAUCAUGAUAAUAGAGAACAACAUAGUGAUUAUAAAGAAGAAAGAGUAAUGUCUUCUGAUGAACAUAUUAAGUCGAUGGAUAAAAACAAUGAUCAGGAAGACAAAGAUCAAUCUAAAAAAAGAAAGAGAAGUAUGCAAAGUUUUAGCAUCAAGAAAAAAAAAGGAAAAAAAGCAGUAAAAUAA